AUGGCUUUCCAGCAGCAGGCCGGCCUGGGCAACGGCGCUGGCGGGGGAAACGGAGAACACCAUGGUCCGCAGGGGACAGAGUAUACGCUGCAAGGUGUGAUGCGCUUCCUGCAAAUCGAAUGGCACAACCACGAACGAGCGCGAAAUGCUUGGGACAUAGAACGAGCCGAGAUGAGGGCCAAGAUCGCAAAGCAAGAGGGCGAGAACAAGCAGGGCAAGCGCAUCAACGAGCAGCUUGAGCGCCAAGUACGCAUGCUGGAGAUGGCGCUGAAGAAUGAGCGGGCUAAGAGCAAGGGCGCCAAUGGUGUCGCAUCUACGACUGAGCAGAAAGCUGGCGGUGCGGAGGCACAGCACGACGUCAAGAGCAAGCAGGGCGCAGACGAGGCCAAGAAUGGUGAGAACAAGGCAAAGCCUCCCUACGUACCGCACAACUCUUUCUUGGACACUGCCGAGCAGGAAACGAGCGACAGGGAGCGCGAGCAAUACCUGAAUAACACUACAAAAUACCUAAAGAACUGCAUGAAGGAGAUACAGUACCUGCUGACACCUCCGCAACAUCCACCUCCACCGCAAAUGCUCCCCAAUGGCAAUUACUCUGGACUUCCGGAACCUCCACUGGUUGAAGAUAUCUAUGCUAGACAACAGCCACGGAGCCAACGUCACCAGGGUUUGCCGCAACAACAGGCCAUGCCAAACCAUCAGCCUCCACCCGUGCCGAAUAGUCUUCCACAAGUGCAAGAUGGUGGCCAGCGUGAUUUGCGAUAUGCAGAGUACCAGAACUCUCAGCAACAGCCGACGGAGAUCCUGCAAUCAUCUGGCCAGCAUAUCCCUGCUCCAUACGAGGAGCAAGUCGAGAACGUGACGCACACUUUUGAUAACAGAGGCAGACCAGUGUUGGAGCAGGAACAGGAACAGGUUCGUCCGGUUCGGCAGCAGGCUGAUACCGAUGGCUGGACUUUUGACGAAGAAACGCCAAUGCAUCCCGACAACCCUCCUCCGGAUGCACCGCCGCCACGAAGACCUGACACAGAUCUGUUUCCUUCUGCCGCAAGCGUUACUGCACUACCUGCCAAAUCUCCACCUAGGACGGCAGCGAACCCGCGUAGACGGAAAAGCUCGGGCGCGAAGAGCAUGGAGCGCCGGAAGAGUUCGCAAGGAAGAAAUGAGGGUCAUGAAAGUAUCGCCAAUGCGAUGAGCGAAGAUCCUACACAGUUCAAAGUCAAGUUUGCGCUGCGGGGUCACCUAGAUGUCGUACGGAGCGUGAUCUUCAGUGGCGGAGGCAGUCCCAGCGAACCAGAAGUCUGCACUGCUGGCGAUGAUGGUACGAUCAAGCGGUGGAUUGUGCCUGCGACUUACCAGAACUUCACACCUGGUAACAACAGCUCGGAUCUGGACAUUUCUGCAUACUUCACACAUCGUGGCCAUGAUGGAACAGUGACCUCAUUAGCUGCACCUCCAGCAAGCACGGGCUUCAGCACUGGCGGCCGGAACAAUGGUGAAGGCUGGAUCUUCUCUGGAGGCCAAGACCACAAUAUAUGUGUGUGGGAGCGCGGACGGGUGGAUCCGAAGGCCGUUAUCGAGGGCCACACUGAUGCAGUUUGGGCAGUCUGUGUCCUACCUGCAUCGGUAGGUGUCGUCUUUGGUCCCCAUAGCGGCAACUUUGGCGGACCUGAUAGACUCCUGCUCGUCUCUGGCUCAUCAGAUGGAACUGUCAAGGUCUGGGCUGUAAGCUCGCCACCUCAGAGCUCAUCGCCAGCGACCGGAAGCAGACGUGGAGUCGGCGGUAGUCGAAGACACAGUGUCACAAGUGGCAGCAACUAUCCGACAAGCCCGCAGCCCAGUGUGGCAAGCCCAACCCCUUUCAGCUACACUUUGGUGCACUCCAUCGAACGACCUGGAGACAACAAGGUCAGCCCGACGAGCAUAUGUCCAUUAUCAGCCUCGGGUGAGAACUUCGUGGUCAGCUAUGCGGAUUCCACAGCACUCAUAUACGACACACGAACCGGUGAAGAAGUUAUCGGUAUGGCCAGCAACGAAACGUAUGACGGAACGAUGAACACGAGUAUAAACGCUGUCGUCGCAGCGAGUACAGCCAUGGAAAGCAACGACGCCACCCGAGGCAUGGAAGCAGAAGAGGUCGGUGGCGGCGCUACUGGUAGUCGAGAGGGCAUCGAGGGUGUUGUCAUAACAGGGCACGAAGAUCGCUUCAUCCGCUUCUUCGAUGCCAACAGUGGUCAAUGCACAUACAAUAUGGUCGCCCACUCAGGCGCUAUCUCAGCCCUCUCAUUGUCGAAAGACGGCAGGGAAGCUGUCUCGGCUGGCCACGACGCUAGUAUCCGCUUCUGGUCUCUCGAAAAGCGAAUCUGCACACAAGACAUCAUCUCGCACCGAGCCAUGCGCGGCGAAGGUGUUUGCGACAUCUGCUGGAGUUCGGAUGGUAGACUUGUCGUCAGCGCUGGCGGCGAUGGCGUUGUCAAGGUCUUUGCGAGGUGA